CUGGCUACGUCAGCACGUCGUCCACUAUGCGCGAGCCGUCUGUAUAAAAGACUACUACUCUGAUACUGUACUCUGAUCUUUGUGUCAGACUUUAACUUUAACAAACUUAACCGCACGUCAGUUCUUUGUUGCCUGGCUACGUCAGCACGUCGUCCACUAUGCGCGAGCCGUCUGUAUAAAAGACUACUACUCUGAUACUGUACUCUGAUCUUUGUGUCAGACUUUAACUUGAACAAACUUAACCGCACGUCAGUUCUUUGUUGAGAAAAACAACGGGGGUCCUCGUCAAUCCGACGUCACUAGAACGCGGCAUACCCAGUGCACGUACGCCUGCCUGGCUACGUCAGCACGUCGUCCACUAUGCGCGAGCCGUCUGUAUAAAAGACUACUACUCUGAUACUGUACUCUGAUCUUUGUGUCAGACUUUAACUUGAACAAACUUAACCGCACGUCAGUUCUUUGUUGAGAAAAACAACGGGGGUCCUCGUCAAUCCGACGUCACUAGAACGCGGCAUAAAAAGCGGGGCGUCUGAGCAGAGGGCAACUUAGAAUCGAUCGUAUUUGGUUGCCUUGGACGACUUUUGCCAUGAAUUGCAUUGAUGAAAUCGAGGGAUUGAAGAUGAUUAUGGAUGGCACCAUCCAUAUGGCACCCAAGCAAAGCCAAGUAGCCCAGAACCAAAUGCGAAGAAACAUGGGGGACUAUGCCGAGGUUCACGGACCCCACAGAGCCAAUCGCGGGUAUUCAGCCUCGCUGCAGCCUCUACAAGUCCACAACGGUCUGUCUAAUCCACCGCGUGCGUCCACCCUGCUGGCACCCAAGCAAAGCCAAGUAGCCCAGAACCAAAUGCGAAGAAACAUGGGCGACUAUGCCGAGGUUCACGGACCCUACAGAGCCAAUCGCGGGUAUUCAGCCUCGCUGCAGCCUCUACAAGUCCACAACGGUCUGUCUAAUCCACCGCGUGCGUCCACCCUGCUGGCACCCAAGCAAAGCCAAGUAGCCCAGAACCAAAUGCGAAGAAACAUGGGAGACUAUGCCGAGGUUCACGGACCCUACAGAGCCAAUCGCGGGUAUUCAGCCUCGCUGCAGCCUCUACAAGUCCACAACGGUCUGUCUAAUCCACCGCGUGCGUCCACCCUGAGGGAAUGUGAGCUCAUCAUCCGUCAGCUGUACAACACCAACCACCGUUCACAGUCCCAGCAAAUUGUGCGCUACAAGGAGUUGCUGGAAGAUAUUGUGCUCAACAAGAGAAAGAGAAUCACCCCCGAAAACUACAACCUGACCAAAGCCUUCCUUGCGGAUGAUAUUUGCAAAUUCUCUGACAACACAUUUCCGAAACUGGAUCUGAAAACAGAAAAAACGACCGCCGUUGGCCUCCCGGCGCUCACGCAGGGCCUCAACUCAUCUGUGGCGGAGCGCCAGAGACGGAAUCGCGCCGUGCACAGAAGCCACGUCAAGGGCACGGUGCGAUGAGAUGAUCCAGAUGCUCACCUCUCAGCUGCAACUUCGGGGACAUGCAAAGUCAGUGUCCGUGUGAUGUCACAGAUCAAACAGCCAAUCAAAAAGCCGUGGAAGAACCGAGAGAAAUGUUUUCGCUGGGUAGAAGCUUGUAAACGGCAGGGAUUUACAGUACCUAAUGUCACCAAAGACACACAUAUAUAUAUAUAUAUCAUUGUCAAUUAUUCUCAAAGCAUCCCCUGAUCUUAAGCCCCCCAAAAGAGCUACGAAAAACUCCCAAAAACCCUACUAAAAAAAAUCAUUUUAUUUAAUCGUAGUUAUAUAUUUAUCAUAAAUGUAUCAUUUAUUCAUAUUACCUUACCAUACUACCAUAUAACCCUAACCCUAAAUAUUUCUGACACGUCACCGGUCCGUAGCUUUCCAUUCGCUUGUGAGUUACUCCAUCAUACCAUAUUCAUUCCGGGUAUUGAGAGCUAGGCUUCCUUAGUGGAGUUGUUGGUCCUCUGGGAUCUCACCCCCAGCAACACGGGUUUCAAUUUUGGUGGGGCCUAAAAAAAUUAUUAUGCCCUGCAUUUGACUAGGGGUGUAACGAUACAUCGAUACGCAUCGAUUAAUCGAUCGUAGAGCACUAGAUCGCGAUACAUCGUGAAUGAACCGCAGCAGGCUUUAAGAUAUCGGCAAAUAUCGUAUCGUAGUUCUUUAUAUCGAUAUUAUAUCGUAGCGUGAAAAAACCCGCGAUUUACACCCCUACAUUUGACCCAUCCCCAUGUGAUCGAGGCUUCCGUAGUGUGGUGGUUUGUCUUGUGGGCUUUCACUCCAGCGACAUGGGUUUGAGUCUGGGUCCAGCCUAAAAAAUAAAUUUGCAACACAGUUGAUCGUGUAUUUCCCCAUUUAACCAUCCACCUCCCUGAAGCUUAGGGUUGGGUUUAGAGCUAAGGUUAGGUUUAGAGCUAGUGUUUGGGUUAGAGCUGGGGCUAGGGUUAGCGUUAGAGCUAGGGUUAAGGUAAGAGUUAGAGCUAGGGUUAGAACUAGAGCUAGCGUUAGGAUUAGAGGGUUAGGGUUAAGAUUAGGGUUAGAGCUAGGUUUAGGGUUUGGGCUAGGGUUAGGGUUAGGGUUAGCAGACCCCGAGCAGGGGUCGGGAACCUUUUUGACUAAGAGAGCCAUGAAAGCAAAAAAUUGGGAAAUUUAUUUCAGUGAGAGCCAUAUAAUAUAUUUUAAAAGUGAAUUCAACUAAAUGUCAGUAUAAUAAGCCUCUUGAAUUUAUUCUUUUAAAUAAUGUUGUUAUAACACUCAUCAUUACAGAACAGUUCUUGCCGACAGAGGCAUGUCUUGUAUCCGUUUGAUUAUCUUGUCUUCAAAGUCCGCUUUAUUGUCAAUCUCUUCACAUGUCAAGACAGACAAAGAAAUCGAAAUUACAUUUUCUCUAUCCCACGGUGACGAGACACAUUACACGAUAGACAUACAAGUAAACGACACAAUACAAAAACAAGAAGGCACAAACAUUAAAUAAUAAGAAUGUUGAAUAAAUAAUAAAUAAACAGAUAACACAAUAAAUAAGAGGAGCAAAACGGAGCCAGUGUGCAUACAGCAGACAGUAAGCGUAGCGCAAACGUACAGGACGCUUUGUUCGGAAGAUCAUGAAAAAAUUCAUUGGCUACAUCCAGCAUGAACGUUUUAGCAUACUCGCCAAUAUUUUAUUUUAUCUGCGAGCCAUAUGCAAUCAUCAAAAGAGCCACAUCUGGCUCGCGAGCCAUAGGUUCCCGACCCCUGGGUUAGUGCUAGGGUUAGCUCGCCAUUUUCUCGACUCGUACUCGCACUCUUAGGGUUAGCUCUAAGCCUUACCCUAACCCUAGCUCUAACCCUAACCCUAGCCCCAGCUCUAACCCAAACACUAGCUCUAAACCUAACCCUAGCUCUUAACCUAACCCUAAGCUUUAGGGAGGUGUGCCGUUUUUUUCCUUGUAUAGUGCGCCCCCGUGUGUAGUACGCACCCCUAAAAAUGGCAUGCUGAUGCUGGAAAAAAGCUUGUACCCAUGUACAAUUUUUUUUUUUUAAUUUUUUUUUUUUUUUUAAGUCCCAAUGAUCGUCACACACGCAGGGAGGCAAUGGGUCCCAUUUUUAGUCUUUGGUAUGGUCUUAACUAGGCUGGAUGUCAUUUUUUUUGUUGGCGUUGAUUUCUCCGACUGCCCGUAAACGCACCACCGCGUCUGAUACGAGAGCAUUGCGGUCGCAUGGAGCGUGUUUGAAGUGAACAGCAGAGAAGAAAGUGUUGUGAAAUAAAAUAUUACCUGUAAUACGGAUUUAGGUAGAGAACUGAACUCUCGCUCUUUAUAUAGCUGACGUGUCUUGCGCAUCCGUUCUGGGCAUCUGUAAUGGCGGCCUCCGUAUGAUAUCCGGUUUGCGGUGACAGAGCCGUCGCUGAAAUUUAGAAGAUAUUUUUAAAGUCCUGAUCUAAAAUUUAAGUGGACCUCAGUGCGCACUGCGCAGGGAGCUUAAUUUGGUGCGGUCGCGCAACCGCAGCGCGCCGGGCGUUCACUGUCGCAUUGCUUAAAGAGCGCCUUUGUGUUUUAGGAUGAACAGCAGAGACCAAAGGAACAAGGCAAAGUGUUGUGAAAUAAAAUAUUACCUGUAAUACGCAUUUUGUUAUUUGCUGAUUGAAACUGCUAAUUAAACUGUGAAUUGAAACUAAUAGGAAGAAAACAACUCUCGCUCUUUAUAUAGCUGACGUGUCUUGCGCAUCCGUUCUGUGCAUUUUAUUUCACAACACUUUGCCUUUCUUCUCUGCUGUUCACUUCAGACACUCUCGUAUCAGACGCUUGCUCGAUCACCUUGGGGGGCGCGGUGCUAUUCCUGGGGGGGGCGCGUGUGACCCUGGGGAACAGGCUUUUUUUUUGGCAGUACUAGAAGAAAGUGUAAUUGCGCGUUUACUACAGCAGGGGGCAGUGGCGCUCUCAUUGUUACUUCUGUGACGUUUGCGACAGUGCAACAUUUUACGACUUACAAGACAAGUUAGGAUAGUCACGGUGGGGAGGGGGGGCGCGAAUAGUUUUCUUCUUGCUAGGGGGGGGCGUAACAGAAAAUAAUUGAGAAGCACUGGUUUACGGGCAGUCGGAGAAAUCAACGCCAACAAAAAAAAUUACAUCCAGCCUAGUUAAGACCAUACCAAAGACUAUAAGAAUGGGACCCAUUGCCUCCCUACGUGUGUGACGAGCAUUGGGACUUAAAAAAAAAAAAAAAAUAAUUAAAAAAAUUUUUGUACCCAUGUAUAAUGCGCACCCCAGAUUUGAGGACAAUAAAUUAGUUAAAUUUUGCGCACUAUACACGGAAAAAAACACUAUGGUUAGUUAUAUGGGGCACGAGCCACUAGUGUUACAAGUUUAUUUUUUCGGCCACACCCAGAUUCAAACCUGUGUCGCUGGGGUGAGAGCCCAGAGGACUAACCACUCCACUACGGAGGCCUCGAUCACAUGGGGAUGGGUCAAAUGCAGGGCAUAAUAAUUUUUUUGGGCCCCACCAAACUUGAAACCCGUGUUGCUGGGGGUGAGAGCCCAGAGGACCAACAACUCCACUAAGGAAGCCUGGCUCUCAAUACCCGGAAUGAAUAUGGUUUGAUGGAGUAACUCACAAGCGAAUGGUCAACCUUUAUUUACGCCAGGGAAAAAUCAUGGCCAAAGCUUAAUUGAAAGUGAAAAGUGCCACACCCGCCCUCACCCCCACUUUCUGUUUGAUCUGUGAUGUCACACGGACACUCCUUUAGGUACGCCGCCAUUGUCAAGCGUACCUAAAAACACAGUUCAUUAGAGAAAAAUGAUGGCCAAAGCUGAACUGAAAGUGAAAAGUGCCACACCCGCCCUCACCUGUUGCUGUAACGUCACACAGUUAACCAAAUGUCAAGUUUUUGUUAUUUUAAAAACUACAAGUGUUAUAAAAUCAAGAUUGCCCAAAGAGAAGCAUAAUCUCCCCGUUGUUGCAUCCCUUCUUCAUGUAAUAAAGUUUGCCGUGCAUUAAAGAA